GAUGUGACCCCAAAGUGCAGGACCCCGCAUUUGGUCUUGUUGAACUUCAUCCCAUUGGCCUCAGCCCAGCAAUCCAGCAUGUCCAGAUCCCUUUAAAGGGCAACACUUCCUCCCAACUUGGUGUCAUCUACAAACUUACUGAAGGUGCACUCAAUCCCCUAAUCCAGGUCAUCAGUAAAGAUAUUAAACAGGACCAGCCCCACUGGAACAGAACAUCACUCAUGAUUUAUUACCAGCUGGAUUUAACUCCAUUCACCUCCACUCUCUGGGCCCUCCGAAAAAUACUGUGACAGACAGUACUUUGUUAAAGUCUAGGUAGACUAUGUCUACAGCCUUUCCCUCAUUCACCAGGCUGAUCACCUGGUCAUAGAAGGAGAUGAGGUUAGUCAAGCAGGACCUGCAUUUCAUGGACUCACGCUGGCUGGACCUGAUCCCUCGGUUGUCCCGCACAUGCCAUAUGAUCUCAAGAUGAUCUGAUCCAUAACCUUUCUUGGCACCGAGGUCAAGCUGACUGACCUGUAGUUCUCCAGCUCCUCCUUAUGACCUUUCUUGUAAAUUGUAGUCACAUUAGCAAGCCUCCAGUCCUCUGGGACCAUUCUGGUUACCAGGAACACUGAUAGACAAUAGAAAGAGGCUUGACAAUCACCUCUGCCAGCAUCCUCAGCACCCUGAGGUAGAUCCCAUCUGGCCCCAUGGACGUAUGACAGCCCACAUGGAGUAGCAGGUCUCUGACUGUUUCCACCUGAAUCGUGGGUGGUUUAUUCUGCUCCCCAUUGCAGACUUCCAGGUCAGGAGUUAGAGUACCCCAAGGAUAACUGGUCUGACUUUUAAAAACAGAUGUCAAGAAAGCCUUGAGAACCUCAGCCUUUUCCUUAUCCUCAGUGUUCACAUUCCCCAACACCAUCCAGUAGAGGAUGGAGAUUUUCCUUAGUCCUUCUCUUACUUUUAAUCUAUUUGUAGAACAUUUUUGUCUUUUACUACAGUGGCCAAAUUGAGUUCAAGCAGGGCUUUUGCUUUCCUAAUUUUCUCCCUGCAUAUCCCAGCAACUUCUUUGUACUCUCCCUGAGUUGCCCAUCCCUUUUUCCACAGGAGGUAGACUCUACUCCCGUACCCUCACAAAAUGUUCUCUGUUCAUCCAUGCUGGUCUGCUUCCCCACCAGCACAUCUUACAGGACAGGCAGCCUGCUCCUGCGCCUUUAAGACUUCCUUCCUGAGGAGCAGCCAGCCUUCCUGGACCCCUUUACCCUUCAGAACAGACUCCCAAGGGAUUCUUCCCACCACUGCCCUGUGUAGUUCAAAGUCUGCCCUCCGGAAAUCCUGGGCAGCAGUUUUGCUGACCUCACUCCUAACACCAAGAAUAGAGAACUCUACCAUUUCCGGGUCACUCUGGCCAGGACAGCUCCCAGCCUUCACAUCUCCCACCAGUCCUCUGUGAACAGCAGGUCUAGCAGGGCACCUCCUCUGGUAGUCUCUAUUACCAGCUGCAUCAGGAAUAUAGUAAUCACACUCUCUAGAAACCUCCUAGGCUGCUAUAUUUCCAGUAUACAUCAGGGAAGUUGAAGUCUCCCAUAACAACAUUCACUGACAAUUAUGCAACUUCUACCUGCUGCUCGUAGGGCACUUCAUCCAUAUCUUUCCUACUUUAGGCAGUCUAUAACAGACCCCAACCAGAACAAUCAGCUCUGUUGGCCUUCCCCCUGAUUUCUUACCCACAGAGACUCAGCCUUAUCCUUUCCAGCCCUGAGAUCAACAAUAUUCAAACAUUCUCUUGCACAGAAAGAACACCACCACCCCCUCCUCCCUUGUUUAUCCCUUCUGAAGAGCUUAUAGCCAUCCACUACACAAUUCCAGUCACGGGAACAAUACCAACAUGUUUCUUCCUGCGGGAUAAAAGCUUUUACUGCUAUUCCUAGCCUCAUGUUUUGAUUCUGCCUUCCAUUGGAUGGAAGGGGCCCCACAUCAUGGCCAGAUGAGCUGCAGGUGGAAGAGGGAGUGGCAAGCAACAGCUGCAUCCCAUAAAGAGGCGUUUAAAAAAAAAAAAAUGAAUACUGCAUCUGCUUCAGAGAGUGGAUCAUAUUCCACAAACCACUCAAGACCCUUCUUCUAUGCGCAGCCAACAGCGCAACAACCUUUUCAACAUCCAUGGUACCUCAGCCAUACGUACAAUCCAUACUGUGUGCCUGCACCAGGCUUCCGGGGUGGACAUCCGUAUUUUCCACUUUAUUCUGUUGCACUCCAUGAGUACCCUGGAUUUUUUGUUCCACAGCAUCCAGUGCAUGCAAGAAUUAACAGAAGGCCUUAUUUUAAUGCUCCCCCACCCUCUCCCAUGUUUUAUCAUGCAACGCGAUUUAGACACUACAGUUCCCCUGGGAGAAAAACAGAGACAAAAGAAACACAGACUGAUCCUAGACAGCCUGAAAACAAGCAAAAAAAGCAUCAAGAUACCCAUACAGAAACGAAAGGUUGUGAUGCAGGAAAUAUGGCCUGUGUUUCUUCUGGUAUAGGUACAGAGAGUGAAAGUACUUCAGAGAAACAAGAUCUAUCUGGAUCUUCCAUUGUGGUAGACAGGGAGUUUCAUAAUAGUCCUUCCAGCUCUACACAGUAUAGAAAUCUUCCUACUGGAAGCUAUGCCUUUGAGAAGGAAGAGGUGAGAAUAGAAUACGGAAAUGGCUCUCCAGCUAUUCAACUGUGGAAGUCCUUUAAAGAAACUAUUCCUUUGUAUGAUGUGGCAAGUGGUAAACCAGUCCCAGAGAACAUGGUGCAGCGUGAUGUAUUUUCUGUUAGCUCAUGUGAGGGAAUGAUAUAUGGCCCUCAUGAAGGGGAGAAAUUGGUGCCAGGAACUUACAUAGAUGAGAGAAAAGCUGUCCUCUCUUCAAAACAGAGUGUUGAAACUAUGCAAGAAAAAGAUGUCCAAGAUAAUGAAGUGAAGCUGGAUGCAGAAAAGCAGGUGACUACAGGUCAACGGGCAAAAUCCCCUCCAGGUGAAGCCAUGGCAGUACAACUAGCAGAAUUAGCAAGAUCUGUUACCAUAGACCAACCAGCAGUAAGACAGGAUGUGCUAGUAGCUAAGAAAUCUAGCUCUAAGAGAUCCACGGGUUCAAAAGCUUCUCAAGAAGAGUCCAGCUUUAUUCAACAAGCAGGAUUGCUUCCAUCGAGUAUGGAGGUAAUGAGUGACUUGAGUUUUCAGCAGAAAAAGCUGAAUCUAAGCCAUAGUGCUAACAAUGAAAGUCAAACAGAUAGAAGUAUUUGGUGUGAAGAAUCAGUUGAGAAGUAUGUUCCUUCUAACAGCUGGCUGGCUUGUUUGGAUAAUAUGGAUGCGAACUACAGCUAUGACAUGUGUUUGCCACAAAGGAAACGUCAAAGUGUACUUAGUCUUUCUUCUGAUGACAUGUCCUCUAGAGAGGAUGGCUCAUCCAUUGAUAAUGCCCCAGUAUCUUAUUUUGUACCUGACUAUGUGCUUCAGAAAAGCACGUAUACCUUCCAGAAAAGUACAGAGGGCUUGGAGAAAGAGAAAAUUAAAAGUGGUGGGUCCCUCAAUGAAGAUGAAGUGGUAGGAAGGGAGCAGGUGAACAGUUUGAAUGGCCAGGAUGUCAAAAAUUCUUCAACCAUGAAGAUUAAAGAGGCUUCCAGCAAAGGUAGAAGGCUGAGAGUCCUUCCUAGAUCUUCUAGUCGGAAAAAAAUCUGUUCUCUCAAGAAAAAAGCUGCCAAGAGUUUGUCAGAAAUUGAGGACUCAGAAGAAUACUCUAUGCAGGUAGAAGAGGAGGAUGAAGAUGAAGAGGAUGAGGAAUAUGAAGAUGAUGAUACGGAUGAAAUAGAGUAUUUCUUUCAAGAAGCUGCUCCAUAUGGGAUCUUGAUGCCAAGCAAAGGAAAUCUGUACCGACAAGUUGGCCAAAGGAUGCUUUGGAAGCCACCAAAAAGUGCUUUUCCAACUCACUUAAUUAGCUGGCCUGCUCAAGAGAAGAUAAAAACUAGGAGUAGGUUUGGUGAAAACAUUGGUAUUGUUUACAAACCAAAGGAGAAAGAACAAGACGAAGUUGUAUAUAGUGACUAUGGGUAUUAUGGAAGAAAGAGGCCAAUGGCAAGAAGAGAAGAGGUUGAACACAAGCGAACACUUCAGAAAUUCUUGGGAGGAAGACUGUUAUGGGAGAGCGUGGGGAUACCACCUGAAGAGUAUUGGAUUAGAAGUGGUGCUAAACCCAAAUUCACUGGACAAAUACAUGGUAGCCUCUCACCCCAAGCCAAGAGCAAAGAACAAGGGUGCCCACCUCCGGUUAAACCAAAGAAGAGAAUAGGCAAGCCCCCACUAAAACGCAGAGACACAAGAUGUGAGGUGGAAGAAGUGGAAGUGUGGGAGAUGCCUAAAAGGAGCGUACGUAGAGGGCGUGGAGCAAGGAAGUCUCUUUAUAAGAGAAGAUAACUGCAAAUAUUGGGGCAGGAGGGGAGAAAAAUAUCAUAGGUUUGCAUGAAACCAAAAGUAAAUUAAUCUUGUAUAUUUUGUAAGUUGCUGUGCACUCCUUAAGGGUCAGAAGUGCCCUCCAUGUUUAUGAUGCUGCAAUUAAACUGUAGUAAGUAUUUAACACUAAACUAAGUCACUUUUUGUAACUAAUGCAUCCAUCCACUAUUUAAAUAAUAAACUUAAUAGAAGUGCAUUUAAGUCUCCAUUUGUACGUGGAA